AUGGUGCUGGAGAAGGAGCUGCUAGCUCUACCUCUGGAUCUGCAGGCAGCAGGAAGGGAUUCUUUGCUACUGAACCUGGGGAAGGCACUGCUGACCCAGGUGGAGGAUGAAGCCGGAGGGGAAACUAAGACCCCACAGGUCCAGCAUUUCAGAAUGUCUGCCAUCAUCCCUUCUGUCACAGUGUUGCUUUCUCGACAGUCACAGCUCCCAGACACUUUCUGCAUCAUCUGCCAUCUCCACUAUGCUGCUCUUGACGGGCGCUCUGCUCUUUCUCCCCAGGCAUCGCCACACCAGAGGUGUCACUGGCUGUGGAUUGUUGAUCUUUCUGAUCUCAUGGUGCUCCUUGUUGAAGUCAGCUUUGGCAAGGAAUGUAUCCUCCGUAGCACAGCUGACUUGCGAGGGGGCAAUAACCAUGUGGAUCCAUCAUCAUAUGAAGCAUUGCAACCGACCCAGAACAUUGCAGAGAAGACUCGUCUAGAAAAGAUUAACUUCCAGGGAAAAUCAUACCCCUUCAGAGGCCCAUUCCCAGCAGUAUGGAAUCCAAUUACCUACCUAGAUCAUAACAACCUCUGGAGAACAAUGGACGAGAUGGGUGAUGAGAUUCCCAGUGAUGCUCCUUGGAAGGCACCCCUUGCAGAAGAGUGGGACUACAUGUCAAUGAAAGAGUUGCUCGAUAAGAUCUGCUGGACAAACUCGGCAAAGCAACUUGCUACUCUCUUUGUGAACCUGUGUGUCACUGCAGAGACCCAUGAGGUCUCUGCUUUGUGGUUCCUGUGGUAUGUAAAGCAGUGUGGGGGCACAACCAGAAUCAUCUCAACAACCAAUGGAGGGCAGGAAAGGAAAUUUGUUGGUGGGUCCGGUCAAGUGAGUGAGCGGAUAAUGGAGCUCCUUGGGAACCGAGUGAAGCUUGAGAGGCCUGUGGUUCACAUUGACCAGAAUGGGGAAAAUGUUGUUGUGAAAACCUUAAACCAUGAAAUAUAUGAGGCUAAAUAUGUGAUUAGUGCCAUUCCACCUAUUCUUGGCAUGAAGAUUCACUAUAGUCCUCCCCUGCCGAUGCUAAGAAACCAGCUGAUCACUCGUGUGCCUUUGGGUUCAGUCAUUAAGUGCAUAGUUUAUUAUAAAGAACCUUUCUGGAGGCAAAAGGAUUUCUGUGGAACCAUGGUUAUUGAAGGAGAGGAAGCUCCAAUUGCAUACACAUUGGAUGAUACCAAACCCGAUGGCAGUUAUGCCGCUAUAAUUGGAUUUAUCCUGGCUCACAAAGCUAGAAAACUGACACGCCUUACCAAAGAAGAAAGACUGAAGAAACUUUGCGAGCUAUAUGCAAAAGUUCUGAACUCCCAAGAAGCUCUGCAGCCAGUCCAUUAUGAAGAGAUGAACUGGUGUGAAGAGCAGUACUCCGGAGGUUGCUACACAACCUACUUCCCUCCCGGCAUCAUGACCCAGUAUGGAAGGGUUCUACGUCAGCCAGUGGGCAGGAUUUUCUUUGCAGGCACCGAGACAGCCACACACUGGAGUGGCUACAUGGAGGGGGCUGUGGAGGCUGGGGAGAGAGCUGCCCGAGAGAUUCUACAUGCCAUUGGGAAGAUUCCAGAAGAUGAAAUUUGGCAGCCAGAACCAGAGUCUGUGGAUGUCCCUGCACGACCCAUUACCAGCACCUUCCUGGAGAGGCACUUGCCUUCUGUGCCAGGCCUGCUAAAGCUGCUUGGAUUGACCACCAUCUUUUCAGCAACAGUUCUUGGUUUUCUGGCCCACAAAAGGGGCCUGCUUGUGCGUUUCUAAGGAAGGGCCUUCCACACAGUAGUCUCAUUCUGUGCAGCAGGAAGGCUUUGGGAAGGGGUUGUUAUAAAAUUUCACAAACACGCAGAGAACAUGGAGUGAGAAAUCACAGUAACUUGUUUUCCAUUUUGACUGCUUGUGAGCGCCUCUACUGUGUUCCACCCAUUUCCAACUUUUCUGCCCUCUCAAUUUUUAGAACAGACACACUUUGUAUUGACUGGUAUUGUGCUACUCAAUAGAUAGCCUUUAGUCUUGCUGUUUUGUGCAGUAUUGCCAACUGAUUUUUAUUUUUCUUGAGUGUGGAAGUCUUACCUUUGUCGUUCUUUUGUAUCUUCAUUAUAAUUCCAUUAAUUGAUUAAGACACACUUAAGUAAUUAAAAUAAAUCUGUUUGAGCAUAU